UGUUAUAAAAGUCCAGGCUGCUGAAAUUAAACUCUGAUGCCAUUCAUGCCGGCAUCCAAUCACCAGGGAGACCAGAAGUUCAGAGAUGCCUUCGAGUUGCCAACAAGCGUGGCCACUAUACGUCAAGGAUUCUAAAGCCGUGAUAGAAGAGGAAGAACAUAUUUAGAGAGGAUGCCCAGCUGGUUUGUAGAAACCCCAGCUCAUUUUUCUUGGAAAGAAAGUUAUUAUCGAUCCACCAUGUCCCAGAGCACACAGACAAGUGAGUUCCUCAGUCCUGAGGUUUUCCAACAUAUCUGGGACUUUCUGGAACAGCCCAUAUGCUCAGUUCAGCCCAUUGACUUGAACUUUGUAGAUGAACCAUCAGAAAAUGGAGCGACAAACAAAAUCGAGAUUAGCAUGGACUGUAUCCGCAUGCAGGACUCGGACCUGAGUGAUCCCAUGUGGCCACAGUACACAAACCUGGGGCUCCUGAACAGUAUGGACCAGCAAAUUCAGAACGGCUCCUCGUCCACCAGCCCCUACAACACAGACCACGCGCAGAACAGCGUCACGGCGCCCUCGCCCUAUGCGCAGCCCAGCUCCACCUUUGAUGCCCUCUCACCAUCGCCUGCCAUCCCCUCCAACACCGACUACCCGGGUCCGCACAGCUUCGACGUGUCCUUCCAACAGUCCAGCACCGCCAAGUCAGCCACCUGGACGUAUUCCACUGAACUGAAGAAACUCUACUGCCAAAUUGCCAAGACAUGCCCCAUCCAGAUCAAGGUGAUGACCCCACCUCCUCAGGGUGCUGUCAUCCGCGCCAUGCCUGUCUACAAGAAAGCUGAGCAUGUCACUGAGGUGGUGAAACGGUGCCCCAAUCACGAGCUGAGCCGUGAAUUCAAUGAGGGACAGAUCGCCCCUCCCAGUCAUUUGAUUCGCGUGGAAGGGAACAGCCAUGCCCAAUAUGUAGAAGACCCCAUUACAGGAAGACAGAGUGUGCUGGUACCUUAUGAGCCACCCCAGGUUGGCACUGAAUUCACCACAGUCUUGUACAAUUUCAUGUGUAACAGCAGUUGUGUUGGAGGGAUGAACCGCCGUCCAAUUUUAAUCAUUGUUACUUUGGAAACCAGAGAUGGGCAAGUCCUGGGCCGACGCUGCUUUGAGGCCCGGAUCUGCGCUUGCCCAGGGAGAGACAGGAAGGCCGAUGAAGACAGCAUCAGAAAGCAGCAGGUCUCGGACAGCACAAAGAACGGUGAUGGUACGAAGCGCCCUUUUCGUCAGAACACACAUGGCAUCCAGAUGACAUCCAUCAAGAAACGAAGAUCCCCAGAUGAUGAAUUGUUAUACUUACCAGUGAGGGGCCGUGAGACAUAUGAAAUGCUGUUGAAGAUCAAAGAAUCUCUGGAGCUCAUGCAGUACCUUCCUCAGCACACAAUUGAAACAUACAGGCAGCAGCAGCAGCAGCAGCACCAGCAUUUACUUCAGAAACAGACCUCAAUGCAGUCUCAGACCUCAUACGGUAACAGCUCCCCACCUCUGAACAAAAUGAACAGCAUGAACAAGCUGCCUUCCGUGAGCCAGCUUAUCAACCCUCAGCAGCGCAACGCCCUCACUCCCACCACCAUUCCCGACGGCAUGGGAGCCAACAUUCCUAUGAUGGGCACCCACAUGCCAAUGGCUGGAGACAUGAAUGGACUCAGCCCCACCCAAGCCCUCCCUCCCCCACUCUCCAUGCCAUCCACCUCCCACUGCACCCCCCCACCUCCGUACCCCACAGAUUGCAGCCUUGUCAGUUUCUUAGCGAGGUUGGGCUGUUCAUCAUGUCUGGACUAUUUCACGACCCAGGGGCUGACCACCAUCUAUCAGAUUGAGCAUUACUCCAUGGAUGAUUUGGCAAGCCUAAAAAUCCCUGAGCAAUUCCGACAUGCGAUCUGGAAAGGCAUCCUGGACCACCGGCAGCUCCAUGACUUCUCCUCCCCGCCCCACCUCCUGCGGACCCCAAGUGGUACUUCAACAGUCAGUGUGGGCUCCAGUGAGACCCGGGGUGAGCGUGUUAUUGAUGCUGUGCGCUUUACCCUCCGCCAGACCAUCUCCUUCCCACCCAGGGAUGAGUGGAAUGAUUUCAACUUUGACAUGGAUGCUCGUCGCAACAAGCAACAGCGUAUCAAGGAGGAGGGGGAGUGAGCACUGCUAUGUGAUCUCUUUCCAUAGUCUUGCCAUCUGCCCACCCCCUACAAGGCCCUACAGCUUGACCUUCAAAGCAUUUUCUCUAUAAUCCUCUUCUCAGUCUGGUUUCUUAAGGAAAGGAUAAGUAAGAGGCUACAUUUAUCUGAUAUGAUUCUGGCUUUGAAGUCUGACUCUGAUUCUGGCUUUAAGCCUUCAAGUCUAUUGCUUGUAAGAGUAAAGUUGCUAUGGAUAGGUAAUGGAUAGCUAUGGAUAGGUAAGACUAAAGUUGCUAUGGAUAGGAAGUGAGUAAAAAAGCAGUUAGUGUCUUCUUAAGCUGCAGAGAUCUCUCAUUGACUUUUAUAAAGCAUUUUUACUUUUAUAGUCUAAGACUAUAUAUUUAAAUAUAUAAAUAUACAGUAUAUAUUUUUGAGUGGGGGGGCAUUGAGUAUUGUUUAAAAUGUAAUUUAAAGGAAAGGAAAUCAAGUUGCACUUAACAACUUUUUUUUUUAAUUUACUUGUUUUGGAUGGCUUAUGUAUACAUACCCCUUCUGUCAAGGUAUAGCAUGUAUGGUAAUACAUAUUUAGAGCUUGUGCUACAUGUGAGUGACAUUUAUGUAUAUGUCCUUCAGUUCUUUUGAUGCUAAACAAAUGCCAUGUCAGACCUUUGGGUAGAUCAAGUUGUACUUAUCAUUACUUAUUAUGUAGGUGAGACUGUAUACAUAUGUGCAUGAUUCCCUAUGUUGGUAUAUUUUAUGUUACUGAUGUCCCUACUAGUAUGGUUAUUCACUCUGGAGUUAUUUAAUCCAAUUACAAGAAAAAGUUUAUAUUCACAUUAUCACACACCAUAGGGAGGAAAUAUCCUCUCUUUCUUGGAAUUUGGGUGUGACUAAAACUCAAAAGGACCAAGGCAGGCAUUUCAAAAACACCUGGUAUCAUUUUCCUGGAUAUAUCAAUAAUUCUCUCAAGUUUAAAACCAGACAUGUAACAUCUUAGUAUUUCCUGGGAAAACAUUUGUGGCCAUUAUAAAAGCCUUAAAACUGAAAUGUAUGACUAGAUUGGCUAACUCAAUUACACAUUUGCUACCCUGGAUAGAAUUAAGGUUGAGUUGAUUGGGAUAAAUGCCAUCUACGUAGUUCUUACAGUGAAGGCAUAAUGUCUAUUAAGAAUAUCCAGGAAAAGCAGAUAAAUAUAGAAAUAAUGAAGCUCCACUAAACAAAGAGCAAGAGAUCCCAGUGAGCCAUGAAUUGAAAUUGGAAGACCUCUUGAAAUAGAGAUAAUAUUAUUUCAUAAAUUUUUUUUGUAAAGCCCUCCUAUUUUAUAAAGUGCUGCAUGUAGAGGCUUGUUUAUCUUUCUCUCUUCAAGGUUGAAAACAGGAGUAGUGAUUUGGAAAACAUGUAAUUAUGAGGUUAUUUUUCUUCUGUGGCAUCAGUUAGAUCACUAUGUCACUUUUCUUUUUUGAUCAAUGAGAGUUUCACUUUGUUGGAAAGUAACUGUGAGAACCCACUUCCCCAUUCACUCUCUUCUGGACUGUGCAUAGACAUAAAAAUGUCCCUACAGUCCCGGGGAUAAGCCUUCCAUGGGAGGACUUGUUGCUUGAACCACAUAAACAAAGACUUGUCUUCAAAGCUUAAAAAACAUGGCAAUAUUCCACUAAAUAUUUCAGGAGCAUAUUUUGUAGUAAAUACUUUUUUCACACUUUACAACAAAUAUUUUGUAUAUAUGCUAAUGAGCUCUCAAACGCUCUUCUAUUUUCUAGUAAAGGGCUCUCAUUGUCCAUAACCUUCCAUUUUUAUUUUAAAGUGCAAAAGGGCUAAUAUGGCUCUAAAAUAUGAUGUAUGAGUGUCAUCUGAAAGUGUAUAUAUGUUUUGAGUGUGAAAUUGCAUAUUUUGUUUGUUAUUUUUUUCUUUUUGGGUUAGUGGGCUUUUCAGAACCACAGUUGAAGCAUUUUAUUAUUAUUAUUAUUAUUGUUAUUAUUAUUGUUUUUAUAUUUUCAUUGAAACACCAGUUAGUAAAACUAAGAGAUCAAAUUAAAGAAAAUGUCAUAACUGUAAGAUGGGGGGAGGGAAAGUUGUUGUGUUUUUUACUAUUUUUAUUUUGUAUGUUAAAGAGAGUGAGUCCUGGAUUUCAAAGUUUCAUUGUGCUUCAGUGGUAAUAAGCACUGUUAACUUGUGGAACAAGCAGGCAGCUUUGAAAACUUAUUGAGGGGAAGAGUGAAAGCUGUGCCUUAGCAAAGCUAAGAGGACAAAUGGCUUCCUCUAUUGUCCUGAGUGUUUGAAUAAAUUUAAGGGCUUCUUUGGACCUAUUUCAGCACUAUUUUGAUGGCACUAGGGACUCAGAAAUUCAUGUACUGUAUCUCAUGGGUUUGGCAUUAGCUGAGCCUAGGUGCAACUACUGGCCUAACCUCCUGGUGGAAACUCACACUCUUUGAGUAUAUGAGUAGCUAGGAGAGUGGGGUGAUAGAAUAUAGAGAGCAGAUGAAUAGGAGUGUGCUUAAUGAAGUUCUUGUGGCCUCAGCUCAAUGCAGUUAGCUGAAGAAUGGAUAGGUUUUUGUUUGGAGGUGGUUAGAGACACAAAUGGAGAACAGAACUUUCUUCAUUAAAUCCAUUAACAUUUGUCUGUUGAUAUUCCCCUAAAAUGCUAUAUGUGGGAUGUUGAAUGUUAAGGGUUCUGUUUUUUUAUUAUUUUUAUAAUUGUACAAAGAUUAGUAAAUGUUAUAUGUUUUAUGUACCUUAUUAAUGUUUUUUUGAAAAAUAAUUUCUUAUAUAUGUGAUAUCUUUUUUUUAAUGCUUCAGUUGCUUGACUUUUGGUAUUUUGUAUCAUGGGCCAUUAGUGAGCCAGAGGCGAAUCUAUAAGUCACUUAUGUUUACCAAGACAUGCAAUAAAAUUUAAAAAUAAAUAAAAAUGCAUUGAGAAAUGG